GGCGAUUUCUGGCCUCCGCCUCCUCGCACGCUUCUCUAACCAGACCAGACCAGCCAGCCAUUCAUCCAGCGUUUGCUGAAACUGCAGCAUUCCCACAGAAGCCCUCGGAGAGCAGCGAUGUUUUCCUGCAGAGCGGCCUGGCAAAGGUGUGGGCCUGUGGCGCGGAGAGCAGCCUACAGGUUGCCCAGGGAUGUUGUGCAGCGGCGACCGAUGUCCUCACUUCCUGGUGGGUCUGGGGAGAACAUAGUCUACACCCUGCUGUGUGGUGGAGCUUUUGUCGGUGCCGUGUCAUACGCAUACAACACUGUGACCUCAGACAACGCCCGGUUCAAUAAUCGUGUGGCACAAAUCAAUGCCAGACCAAAGACAGAGUGGGUACCUAAACCAUGGCCACCUAAGAGCAGGGAUGAAGAAGAGGCAGGAGAGGAGGAGGAAGAAGUGGCAGCUGAGGAAGCCAGUGGAGAGGCUGAGGUUGGCGAAGAGGAGGCUGGGGAAGUUGCUAAUGGAGAGGCUGAGACUGUAGAGGAGGCAGUCGCAGAGGCAGUCGCAGAGGCCGCUGAGGUUGUUGCUGAGGUGGCAGAGGGCAUUGCCGAGGCUGCGCACGAAGUGGAGACGGUUGCAGAAGAAGUGGCUCAAGCGGCCAAAGCUGUUGAGGAGGCUGCUGAGGCUGUUGCAGAACCGGCCGCUGUCGCUGCUGAGGAACCCGAAAGCAACGUGGCCCUGGCAGCUGCCUCUGCUGUAGAGGUACCAAAAAUAACUGACGUCAGUGAAGAAUUGGCACCCGCUGUUGAAGACAUCAAAGAGUCUGUGGCACCAGUAGAGGCACAGCCUGUUGAAGACAUUGCACCAGUUGAGGAGGCCCCUGCACCUGUGGAGGAGGCUGUUGCACCAGUAGUAGAAGCCCCUGCACCAGUUGAAGUUAUACCAGCAGAAGAAUCUACUGCACCAGUAGAUGAGGCAGCUGCACCUGUGGAGGUUGCACCAGUGGAAGAGGCCCCUGCACCAGUAGAAGAGGCCCCUGCACCAGUAGAAGAGGCCCUUGCACCAGUGGAGGUUGCACCAGUAGAAGAGGCCCCUGCACCAGUGGAGGUUGCACCAGCAGAAGAGGCCCCUGCACCAGUUGAGGUUACGCCAGUAGAAGAGGCCCCUGCACCAGUGGAGGCUGCACCAGCAGAAGAGGCCCCUGCACCAGUGGAGGUUGCACCAGUAGAAGAGGCCCUGGCACCAGUUGAGGUUGCACCAGUAGAAGAGGCCCCUGCACCAGUUGAGGUUGCACCAGUAGAAGAGGCCCCUGCACCAGUGGAGGCUGCACCAGCAGAAGAGGCCCCUGCACCAGUGGAGGUUGCACCAGUAGAAGAGGCCCCUGCACCAGUGGAGGUUGCACCAGUAGAAGAGGCCCCUGCACCAGUGGAGGUUGCACCAGCAGAAGAGGCCCCUGCACCAGUGGAGGUUGCACCAGCAGAAGAGGCCCCUGCACCAGUGGAGGUUGCACCAGUAGAAGAGGCCCCUGCACCAGUGGAGGUUGCACCAGCAGAAGAGGCCCCUGCACCAGUGGAGGUUGCACCAGCAGAAGAGGCCCCUGCACCAGUGGAGGUUGCACCAGCAGAAGAGGCCCCUGCACCAGUGGAGGUUGCACCAGCAGAAGAGGCCCCUGCACCAGUGGAGGUUGCACCAGCAGAAGAGGCCCCUGCACCAGUGGAGGUUGCACCAGCAGAAGAGGCCCCUGCACCAGUGGAGGUUGCACCAGCAGAAGAGGCCCCUGCACCAGUGGAGGCUGCACCCGUUGUUGAGGAAGCCCCUGCACCAGUAGAUGCUGCGUCCGUGGUAGAAGAGGCCCCAGUAGAAGUUGCAGCAGCCCCUGUUACAGAAGCAGCGAGUCCUGUGGUGGAAGAAGGAGCUGCAGGCUCUGCGGAGAACCCGGAAGAAGGUCCCAAGAGAGAGUACAUUGUUGUGGUUCUGGAAGGAACACCUGAAGUUGAAAAACGGCCCAAGGUGCUUGGAGUGGGAUCCAUGACUGGUAGACUCAUCCCAGCCCCAGACGAUGAUGAUACCCCUGCUUCUGAGGGUAAACGGCGUCUUCUUAGGAUGCAAAUGCAGUAGUUCCAUGUAAGUGAACAGCUCUUGAAAGAUGACUUCAGUCCUGCAGAAGAAGAGGAUGUGCCUUUACCCAACACUUUUCCUUCCUCCCUUUACCUCUAAAACUGCAAGGGACUAAUAUGUAGUUCCAGUGUAAAGAUACACAUACAGCACCAUGUUUAGAUUAAUGCCUGCUUUAUGGAACUGUCAUGCCAACAUAUUGGCAGUGCCAUUAUUGUGACACUCCACACUGACUUUCAUGUCUUGACUCCGUUGUCCUAGAUGAGCCCGACAGUAGUUGAACACAUCUCUGGUUUAUCUGUUAGUAUCCCCAGUAACAGUUCUUCGUUAACUUCAAAGAAUUGCAACCUGUUUACUGCUGAGGACAAAACUGAGCCAUUCACUCACCCUUUUUCUUACUGUUACAGAGUUUACUGCCUCAAAUCACUCCAGUGGAAUAUUUGAUACACCUCACAAUGUCCUGUUGAAGAGGGAAUGCUGGUAUUUUUUAACCUGGACCCUAUAUUUCCAUUGUUUGUGUCUUAAGUGACCAAUGAGAACAGCAGUUUUGAAAGUGGUCCAGUAUUGAGAGACUGCUGCAGGCUACAAUGCAACUACUUGUUGCAGGAGUCAAUUUAUGUUCACUGUAAGUGCUUUUUUGCCACUGACAGGAUCAGAUUGUUAUCAUUGUCUGACAACACUAUGGAAAGGACUCUACAAAGAAAUGAAAUGUUUUUCUGUAGCUUUUGCUUUUUGCAGUCUCUUUUGUGUCCAAGUCUCAAUCUGAAAUCUCAUGAGGUGACUCGUGCAGGAAGAAAACAGUGGAAAUGCAAGUGAGGGUUGGAGAGAGGAGUGCUGGUAAUGGUGUGUUGUGAUGGGGUACAGAAAAAGGAUCUCACUCUUAUCUAAAAGUUUUAAUGUCACAACUAAAUACUUAGCUGAUUUCCACAAUAUGAAAAAAUUCAAGAGAUUUCAGAACGAUACCUUUUGUAAAGAACAGACAAAUGUUUAAUUUCUCUGUAGGGUCCUUUCCGUAAUGUUGUCAGACACACAGCCUGUCAGUGGCAAAACCAAACACCUUGACUGUUUUGUCACUGCCGGCUGCAGCCCUCUCUCUCAAUAGAGGACCAUUUUUAAAAGUUGUUGUUCCUGCGUGUCACUUGGGCACAAACAAGAGAAAAAAGGAUCCAGGUUGAAAAAUACCAGUGUUCACCUUUUAACCCAGUCUCUCCCCAGUUACUUAGAGUGUGAAGCCAAGUGUUAUCUUUUAAAGAAGCAAGGGGUGUUUUUAUCCACCAGCAUUCUUUACAGUACCUUACCUCAGGUUUCUCCUCUGCUUCUCUUUGUGUGACAAUCAACAGCUGGAAACACGUGCUGUGGUUUCUUUUUUUUUGAAGGAACACUCCGUGCACAGACUUAACAGCCCAUAUGCAGCAGCCACCUUGCUACCUCACUGUUCCUUGUGUUUUCAGUCUUUAAAAGGACACUCCAGACCUCCUCUUGAUGCAGUCACAGUGUUACAGUUCCUAAGCCAACAGCACAGUUGCUAAGCCACUGACUUCAGUAAGCACAUUAUUUUUCAGAAGCUGUAAUUUGAUCACUUUAACUUAUCCUGUACAAUGAAAUAAGGCAAACAUAUGUGGAUUUCCCUUGACUUUUCUUCCUUUUUAAAGGGUCAUUCAACACUGAAACAGCAGGAAGCUGCUGCUGCACCGCUCUCAUUCGGUUUCAACUCUAAAGCAUGUUUCACUUCUGGCCACACCUCAGUUGGUGAUGUCACAGCAGGUCUUUUGCCCUUAACAGCUGUUGGAAAACCCCAGUCGUGACAUCAUUGAUUGGGGUGUGGCCAGACUGGAAACAAACUUUAAAGUUGUGACCCAUGGAGAGCAGCACAGCAGGUGUGUUCGUCUUUGUAUUCAGUGUUGAGUUACCUUUUUGGGUGAGUUUGUUCCCCCAGGUUUGCAGACAAUCUCAUUAUGUAGCAAAUGUACAAACUGAUAGGGACAUCUGCCUGAUAUGAAGUUACAAUCUCUUUUAAACUUUAAUAUAAUUGAAUAUGAAUUGUGCAAAAGUCCUUCUUGUAUCCUUUUUAUUCACAUCUCCUUAUUCAUUGAUAAACUAAUAGACUGAUGAGUGUAGCUCAGCGUCAUGGGAGAAACAGUUGUGAGUGAGUUGAAUAAGAAGGGAUAAGAAGCAUGUUCUUUUGCUCUUUGCUUUUGUGUCCUUUGGAGGAGCUUUUCUUGUCUUGUUCUAGCACUCUGAUCUGUAUGGAUGUGUGAUUUAAAGGCUUGCAGCAAGUCUGAACAGUGGUGAUACUGAUGUGCUAAUGUUUGAAGUAAAGUCUCCAGUGUGAAAUGCUUUGACAGCUCUGCUAUAGUCCUCUCUUCCCCGAUUCCCCCUCAGAUUUUCAUGUCUCUACUGUUUAACUUCUGGAUUUGUUAGCUUGGUGUACAGUGUUUUGAAUAGAUCAGAGAUCACUGAGGAAAGAAUUGAACUUGUCUGUUGGUAUGUAUUUAAAAAUGGAUGUGUCCUUGAUGGUCGUAGGCAGGUUUCUAUAAUAGGACAUGAGAGGAUACCUUUGACUUGGUAAAGGACAGAAACUGUGACUGUUUCACACAUUACUGUUUUUCUUGUUUUUUCAAAAUAAAGAGGGAUUCAACAUGA